UCCUCACAGAGCUUCUCGUUAGAUUUUUUGUAUAAAAGCGUAGGUUCGAUAUUUUGUUGUAGUUGUUUUCUUCGUUUUGUUUGUUUGAUUUCUCUCUCUCGAAUUCGGCCAUGGAUUUGAAAUCGAAGGAGGUGAAAGUGACGGCGAAAGCCGUGGUGUCCGGCAAGGAGGGGACGGAGGAGGAGGAGGAGAUCGGCGUCGUUUCGCGUGUUGUAGGUAGCGGUAGGAUUGCGGUUACGAUUCCGGUUCCUAUCCCGGCGAAAUUCGUGUCGGCGGGGCCGUCAUUUGCUCCUGAACGGCGGCUCUACGACCCCGUGCGACUGCUGCUUCAGAAUUACUCGAAUUUCAAGCGGAGCGGUGAACCGGCCCGGUUUAUGCGGUACGUUGAGGAGUCGUGGGUGGACGUGGAGGCGGAGGUGUUUGAGGCGGUGAAAGCGGGGUUUUCGAAGGGCGUUUCGUCUGUGGAGACUGAAAUUGGAGGCUCGAAAUGUGUUUUCGACUUGCACCGAAUGAUCGAACUCAAUCUGGAUACUGGGGCUUUCCGAUCGGUUGCAUGGAUUGAUGUGAAGGGUAUGUGCUUUUUCCCCAAGUCUUUCGUUUGCUCCCAGGACGGUGAAAAUGGUUUGGUUAAUUUGGGCGAGGAGCCAAAGAAUGAAGUUGUUGGGAAUGCAAAUGAGAAGCGGUACUUGGUGCAACCGGAGCUUGAAAUUGAGAUUGAAUUCACUGAUGAUUCGCAAAAUGAAGCGAACGAUUUGAAUGAUAACGAGGCGAAAUUAAGUAAGCGAAAGAGGGUGAUCAUAGAGCCUGAGGGAAGUUCAACUAACGAAAAAGGGAAAAAUAUCCAAGACUGUGAAUUAGUUUCCCCCAGGUGGCCAAAUACGAGGGUGGUGGGAAAGCAGGAGGUAGGGUAUCAGAUACUGGGGAAUUUGUUUGUCCCAGGUAUGGCAGCUGUGGGACCAGGUGCUAUGAUCACUGCCAUUCAUCAACGUCUGAGAAAUGUUGGUUCGAUGGAGAGAGCUGAAUAUUAUGCUUUCCAGAGGCAGUCAGAACUCGUGAGACAAGCUAGAGGAAACAGUGAGGUUGUUUUCGCAUGGUUUGGAACAACAGUACAGGGAGUGCAUAGUAUUAUGACUCAUGGAUUUCGAGCACCUGGAAUCAUGUCUGGUUCUGGGCUUCUGGGUGUUGGUUUAUACUUGUCACCUAUUCGAUCACCUCGUAUGAGUGCAAUGACGGCGCAAGUAGAUGAAAAUGGUGAAAAGCAUUUAGUUUUGUGUCAAGUUAUAUUGGGAAAGUGUGAAAAGAUUGAGGUAGGUUCUUUGCAAUUGAGCCACUCAAGAAUGGAUUUUGAUACUGGAGUGGAUGAUCUGAAUAAUCCACAAUGGUAUGGAGUGUUGCGUGCCAACCAUGUUAUUCCAGGUGCUGUGAUUAGCUACAGGCCUGCUAAUGUAGUGCCGGGCCGUGUGACUGCUGCUCCAUCUCUCAUGUUUGCCCCAAAUGCUGCAUCUGUGUUUUAUCAAACGCUGAUUUCCAAGCUGAUUAUCUCGCUUCCACCACCAAAGGUGCAUGCGGUGCAAACUCUGUAUAGCUCAUUGAUGGCUGGGAAAGUUGGGAAUGAUGGUUUCAUGAGGGAACUAGGAUCAGUAGUUGGGGAUGAGGUGCUGCGCUCAACUAUUCAGCAAAUUCGUGGCUGAGAGAGAUUUUCUUAGUUUUAGUUGGAAGGACUUUGAAACUGCUAUAAUUGACCAAAAAAAAAAAUGAAAUCUUAUACUAGAACAUGUAGAAGUAAUGGAUGAUAGGAAUCUUAGAGGCAAAAGCCUUAUAGAGAAACAUAAUCUAAGCUUUUGAACUCUAGAGAUCUUUUACUUUUGUUGUAGAAGUGAAAAACUUCCCUGUUUUCUUUGUUGUAUUGCAACAUUUGAACUUCUUUACUUAUGUGUUUGAAACUUGAAA